AGGACGAUAAGCGCGCUGCAGGGCUGUGACAGGCGGGUGGAAGGGGCACCAAUCGCUGGCUUGUUUGUACCUGUAAUCAAUAGAAAAUCAAGCCCUUUAUCUCCCCUCCGUGUGGAUACGGACAGAGCCACAGGACGGCCCAGUGAAAACAAUUAUGUGCCUUAUUGACAGGGAAUGGUUAAGACCAAACCAUUUCAAAGUUCAGUUUACUCGGUGAUAACCGGCACAUCGACUAUUCUUGCUUUCUGGCUUGUUCGAGUGUUAGUUAUUGUCAGGCGGCACGGGAACAGGUAGACGUUUAGGGAGGGUGUCCUGGGCGACCGCAGGGCGUGUACAGAGAUACCUACAGCGUAUGGGGCCGACCACUGUGCGCGGGCUUCUAAACCAUAACUGAUCCUGGGAGAAAGGUGUAGUAUAAAAGUGACCUGCCCUGCAGUCUGAGCUCUGAUAUGGCGAUUUGUACCUGAGGCUAUAGCAUCACUCGCAGACAAUCCGACCAAAGCGGUAACCAAUGCGGGACAGAGUGACGAUGGGGGACGGUUGGGAAGCCGCCACUCUGAAGGAAGAUGAAUUCGAGGAGUUUUGCGUCUAUGUUGUCAAUGACAGACCAUGUGACCGGGUGCUGACUAAUCGAGCUCAAGCUUCACUCCCCAGAAACCUUACCCUAAAGCCAUCGCAGUACAAGCCAGAUACCAUGGGCGUGUGGAGUGUCGAUCAUAUACCACGUGGUACACGAUUCGGUCCUCUGAUUGGAGAAAUCAUUUCCAAAGACGACCAGCUCCCCCACUCACACAAACAGUAUGUUUGGAAGGUCUUUAAGAACAACUGUCCAUAUCACUGUGUGGACGCCGCGGACGAGAGCAGAAGUAACUGGAUGAGGUUUGUCACUCCUGCCACGUGCCCGAAUGACCAGAAUCUUGUGGCAUGCCAGCUAGACCUCGACAUUUACUUCUACACCACCAAAUCCGUGCCCCCGAAUACAGAGCUGGUGGUGGGUGCAUGUCGAGAACUGGAGGACCGAAAACACCAAGUGAAGAAAGGCUUAUUACAGAGGGACAGACCCAGGCUACAUAUAUUCCCUCGGAUCUCCUCAAGGUUUCAGCCACCACAAUUACCAGGGAUGUCGAGUCAUGACUGCCACAGCCUUGCCCUUCAAGACAGUGUGUUUAAAGAGGACAACAGUGAUGGUAGUAUAGACAGCGAGGGCAGUAGUAGUUACGUACUAGACUUCAGCACCAGGAAACGGGAUGGCAGCAUUGGCAGUGACACUGACAUUUAUAAAGGCUGCACAACAGACAAUGUUAGUCCAAAGAAGGAGCAGUCACUACUGUCGUCCGUUCUUCUCCUCCCAAAAUCGCGACGCCAAGGUCAAACUUGGAACGGCAAGCCGAAAAGAUGGACCAAACCAAAUGGCAAGCGUGGUCAUUCAGCUUUCCUAUCCUCGACACCAAAGUCUCAUUCUUCCGGAAUCAUUGAAAAUCUGCUUCUGAAGAAAAUGAAGGAAAAUGGUGAGAACACUGAGCAGUUGACAAGGAAACCCAAGUUACCCAAAACUGACAAGGAGAGUUUGCCACUGAAAGUGGUAUGUUGCCGGGGUUUUCCAAAGACUCUGUCCUGCCAAGACUUCCUCUGCGUCCACAGUUCAGUACAUCGCAACCACGAUGCUUUUCCCUCCACACCCUUUCCACAGUAUAUAUCCUGUGAACCCGAUGUUCCAGUAUUCGUUUUCCGGUUUCCCGCCUUACCCGUGGCCUUUCAUUCCCCCGAAUUUCCAGAACGCUCCCGUUCCCUCGGCUUACAAGCCUAUCCCAUCCCGGCAGCUCCAUCCGUUCGUCAGCCCCACCCUACGGAACAAGCCCUGAACCUGACCAAACCAAAGAUCGAGCAGUUCUCCACGACAAGAGGCUACCGCUCACUCCCGUACCCAUUACGUAAAAAAGAUGGCAAAAUGCACUACGAAUGCAACGUGUGUUACAAGACAUUCGGUCAGUUGUCAAACCUAAAAGUGCACUUAAGGACUCAUACCGGCGAGAGACCGUUCAAAUGUCAGACAUGUGGGAAAGGCUUCACCCAGCUGGCCCACCUGCAGAAACAUCACCUUGUUCACACAGGUGAGAAGACUCAUCAAUGCCAGGUGUGCAGUAAGCGGUUUCAGCAGCACAAGCAACUUAAAACACACAUGAGACUCCACAGCGGUGAGAAACCUUUCCAAUGUAAACUAUGUCCAGCGAAGUUCACACAGUUUGUUCACCUGAAACUGCACAAGAGACUACACACGAACGAACGACCAUACGAAUGUCCAAAGUGUCAUAGGAAAUACAUCAGUGCUAGUGGUCUGAAAACUCACUGGAAGACUGGGAAUUGUAUCCUCCCUGAAGGGUGCUUGGACUAUAACAGUUCCUUAUUUGAUGCUAAACUCGCCAGCAUGUUUUCAACUGAUGAAAAUCCUUUGUCAAGUCUUCUUCAGAUGACGUCAGAAUCUGGCCCAGGUCAUAACUUGAGCGACUCGGGAGAUGAAGGUGGAGAAAGUAUUCGAGGCGGCCAUCAUUCCUUACCAAGUUCACCGGAAGUGACGUCACACUCACCUCCGGAUCCGCUCAGUUCUCCUUCAGAUGGUUCUCCAAGCCAUUCGGGGCUAUCUCACUAAAAGACACACGGACGCUAUCCGUAUAAGGAAGAAUCGCUAUACUUGCGGAGAUGAUUUGCCUGUGCUUUACAGCCAGCUAUGUUCCAUACAGUUUCCACCCUAAACUACUAUGCUAAAACAAGUGGAUAUUUGUGCGUUAUAAGAUGAUGGUGUAGAUAUAGUAUACCAAGGAAAUGACAAAGAUAUACCUAUCGUCUAUAUGGGUGAAGAUCGUUUUCUCUUUCCAGAGCAAAGACUGUUUGAAAAAAUAUUCUUACAGACAGUAAAACAAAUAAUCUGAACAUCGCAACGAGAAGACCUGUAGCUGUUUGAAGUCCCCCUCUGUCACUGCCUCAUUUUUAUGUCUGGGGAUUUUGAUUUCUUUGAAACUUUUAUAAUGGUGUGCGUGUGGUUCUUUUUAUAUAUUUUGUUUAAGUUUCGUAUUUUGUUUGUCUUCUGAUCUCGUUCGCUUUCACCUGAUUAUGAAAUUUACUGACAUUGUUAAUACGGAAGCGCUAACAUCCUAUUUUUAGUGUUACAAUGAUGGUGUGCCUGGUCAUAAAAUACUUAUCAAAACGACAAAAUCAUGUCUGAUUUAAGAAAAGCCUCUCAAUUAUUGAUGCAUUAAAGUAUUAUUAGUAUUUUGUCUGACAGAAUUUUGCUCAUAUUUUGAAGAAGUGGGAAUUCUAGAUCCGUCCAAGCGAAUCUCCAGCGGCAUUAUUUCGUCGACAAACGUCGCUAGCAAUGCAUGUGACAGGCUAAUAAUUUUUAACACUGACUUCGACUUACCGUACUAAUUGUAUUACAUGCCAUUAACUGCGUGGUCCAGCUAUUAUGAGCGACAUAAUUAGUAUAUCAAUUUUCUGCAGGCAAUAGUAUUUAUUUGUAGACUACAAAAAUUGUGUGGUGUGCUUUAUGGAAGGUUAAUGCCGCUUUUCUACUGAA